AGAGCUGUGUUUACCGCGGUCCGGGAAGUACACUCCUGGCGAGACGUUUGACCCCAUGCUGCGUUUCGUCUCGUUCACGAUAUCAGUAUCGAACCCGUAUUGUGACUUCUAUAAGAAGAAGGGUGUCAUUUUGAAGCCGGGGAUGCUUUGUGUGGGGAAGUCCCGGGAGGAGGACAAUGUGACGUCAUGCCUGGCAGUCCCGGGCGCCCCACUGGUGGUUGAGGGCCAUCUUACUGGCUUACUGUCUUGGGGCUACGGCUGCGGAUAUGUGAACGAUCUGCCACUGGUUUAUACCAAUAUGCAGUAUUAUCAACCAUGGUUACUGCACAACAUCCCGCUAAUACGGCGCAUUACAAAGCAGAACUUGACACUUCUCUUCCAAUUAAAACGAGCGCACAUUUUAACAACAUGGCUUAACUUAACCAGAGUAGUGAAACCCGUUCCAUUCACUCUAUCAGAUGAGCCAAUGGAGACUCUCAAGUUGGAUAGAGAACUGGCUAAGUUAAAGGGAAGAGUGUAUGAUAUAAGGGAUUUUAUCUUCAGAGGGAUGCACCGUAAGUAUAAGAAGAGGCUUUACGAGAAAUUGAAGGAGAGAAUAGCAGAGAAAGAAGCUAUAAAGAAGAUACACGAGGCAUCGGAGAUAACGAGUUCUGCUCCAUUUCUCGAUCCUGACAAUCUGUUUCAAACCACGAAACAGGGCACGGGACUGACGUUCAUGGAACAAACGCAACCCUUUGCGACUGACGGCGAUAAUGCGUACUAUGAGGAUUAUGCAGGAGCUUAG